UGCCGCUAUUGGUCGGUAGCAGGAAGUAAGGCUCGGUGUCGAGGGGUUUUCUCAGAACCAUCGAGGGAGGCGGGCGAAAUCCCAGAGAGUCGUGCCCCGGGAAGGGGCUUCGUCAGGGGCCCGGCGGUGAGCUUGGUUGGGCCGCUCCUCUUCCUUCCCGCCCGCUUUGUGUCCCCCCAGCCCCGUUGGCGAGCGGAAGGGAGGGGGUGGAGCCCCGCUGGUCCCUGAGGGGAGUCCCGGGCGGCUGCCUUACGCUCUGGAGGGGCCUGUGGCGUGUCUAGCUAAAGCCGAGGGCGCUUUCGCAGCGACAAAGAACUGGCCCGACGAGGGGACCGGGGGCGAGAGGCGCUGCUGAGCCAGGAAGCAGGCGUGGUCUGAACGGGAAAAAGGGUGUCUGGAGAACGAUUUAUAAAAAUCGCAACAAUACUUAGUGUUCCUAAGCUGAGUGCAGAAAACAACUGCAUCUGACAAUCUGUUUUCGGGUGCUGGCAUUCUGUCAGUCUUUUACUUGGCUGGUGCCUAAUAGCGUAAGCAAUACUGGAUGUUUGCUUUCUCCUGAAGAUCUCAAGAGUUUUUGUUGGCAGUUUUUCCAUUGGAUUUAGCUGAUCUAAUCUCAGCAAGAGGAGAUCCAUGUACACCCCAAGUGGCUCAGUAUUGCCCAGUGGGCGUAGGCGAAGAGGCCAAGAUGGGAGUGCCUUGCCAAAGCAGCCAGAAAGAAGCCUGGCUUCUGCACUGCCUGGUGCCCUCUCCAUAACUGCUCUGUGUACUGCCCUGGCAGAACCUGCCUGGCUACGGAUUCAUGGGGGCACUUGUUCUCGCCAAGAACUGGGUGUUGCCGAUGUACUUGGAUAUGUUGACCCCGAAUUGCUUGCAGACUACUGCAUGAACCCCCAGACAGUAUUACUACUCAGAGUUAUUGCUGCUUUUUGCUUCCUGGGAAUUAUCUGCAGCCUCUCAGCCUUCCUGUUAGAUGUCUUUGGACCUAAGCAUCCUGCUCUGAAGAUAACUCGGCGCUAUGCAUUUGCCCACAUCCUCACAGUGCUGCAGUGUGCCACAGUGAUUGGGUUCUGUUACUGGGCCUCUGAGUUGAUCCUCGCGCAGCAGCAGCAGCACAAAAAGUACCACGGCUCGCAAGUCUACGUUACAUUUGCUGUCAGCUUUUAUCUGGUGGCUGGAGCCGGUGGGGCCUCCAUCCUCGCCACAGCUGCCAACCUGCUGCGCCACUACCCCACUGAAGAGGAGGAGCAGGCCUUGGAGCUCCUCUCUGAAAUGGAGGAGAAUGAACCUUACCCAGCAGAGUAUGAAGUGAUCAACCAGUUCCAACCACCUCCAGCGUACACACCAUAAUGCUACCAUUGGCUGACUGGAGGGAGAGGGCUUAGACUUUUCUUCCAGUCCAUGCCCCCCACCCCCAGAGCCUAGCUGCACACUUUGGCUUGGGAAUGGAUUCCCUUGCAGAGCCACUUACUGGUACUUCUUUUCCAGGUGGCUCACUUACUUCCAGCUAUGGAAAGAACUGUCUUUGGUGGGUCACCCAAGCAGGGGUUUUUCCUUAGGCAUUGACCUCCAGAGCAACCCUUUGUUCUUGGGUGGGGGUAUUUUUUGUUGAUUUUUUAGCCCCCUGCAUUGUUAUGUAAAGUGACUGACUGACUGACCAGCAUGACCCAGUAGCGCUGUGCUUUCUGUGUGACUCCAGUGACUGGCACUGCUGUGUGGUGGUCCACAUGCUUCGCAGUCCAGUACACAUGCUCCCAUUCCAAGAGGAAAAGCACAGUUGCUCCAGGAUGAGGGCUUCGCCUUGGAUGUGACAGAGAUGGCACGUGCACAGCUUAACUGGGGAUGAUCCACAAUUUUGCAUUGUGAGGAGAUAUUUCAUGCUGGCAUAACUACUCAGAGUAGUGAAUUCAACAGUCACGCACUGUUUAUUAUCCACCCAAGCUCAAUGCACCUCUUUCCUUUUUUUCAAAAGAGAAAAAUGUGACUUGCAUCAAUAUUUAUGGGGGGGGCGGGAGAGUGUGCUCUGCAUUUAGCACACUUAAAGGUGGGAAUCUGGUCUCUAUGCACUGGUUUGUGGGGAGGUGACUCCUUUCCAUUGAUAUAUGUACUGCCUGGAAGGCACGGUACGCUUGCUGCCGCCCCUGCUUCAUCCACUCCCACAUUCUGCCUCAUGCUACUUAACAAAAGCAUUUUGCACUUUAUUUGCUGUUCAUGCAGCCCUCCUUCCCUCCCCAGGUACUUAGAGGAGGGAGAGUCAAUAAAACUUGGCAGAACCAGCUCCAGGGUAUUGCCACUAUUGAGAUUCUCUUGGAUAGGUUUGCAGGUACUGGACUCGAUUGAGGGUAAUGGAACAGGGCUUGGCCCACAGAAGGAGUGCCAUUCCAAUUGGGGCAUACUGGAUUGGCAUUGUUGCUACAAACACACAGCCUAUGGUAAAUAGGCUAAGGAUGAGUUUUUUAGAAACACUGGGUUUAAAGAGUCAAUGAAUAGUACUGAAAUUUGUUUAGUGAUCAUCAUCUCAUGUCUUGUGGAUCUAGAUUAUAUGCAACUACCUGGCCUUGGGCAUAAUUUUAAUCUAUUUUUACUUAAGCCUUUUAGUACUACCCCUGGUCCUUAGCCCCUCUAACCCCAAAAUAUGCUUCUUCCAAAUUGAGUGGGUAUGUCAGGGAGGGUCCUGUUUGUUAACAGGCUGUGAUAUAAGAGCCUUUGAAAUGAAGAGAAAAAUGACUGACCCAGUGAUAAGCCACUAGAAUAAGCAAGUGAUUUUUUUUUACUGUAGCCAUCUGUUGCUGACUGAGGCAUGGCUUGUCAAGCCAUGACGACCUGUCAAGAUUGUGGUUCUUGUUUAAAAAACUUAAUGCCCUUUCCAUGCUUUCAGUAUGGGGUGUGUUCUUAAUAGAUGAGGUUCAGUUAUGUUUCUAUACCUGAUUAAUGGUACUGCCCUGUACUAACACUGAACCUAUAUCCAGCGGGCAGUGGUAUCUCCCUCCUGAAUUAAUAUCUUGGUUUGAUUUACUAGCUUCUCACUGACCUUCCCAUGUCUGUUCCAGUUCCUGCAGGGUCAAUUAUGCACAGGACAAUAUGUAUGUCCAGGCUACAGAUAGGAAAUGUUAGAUGUCCAUCUAGAGGAAGGCAUGACAUGUAAGUGGUUCUAUUGGGACAGUGGACCCAACGCUCUAUUUAAAUUCUAGUGUGUGACACUUGACCCUCUGUCAUGUCAUCUGAAAGAUACAGAGGAAAAUGACCAAGCUUUAGAGUUUCAGAACAAUGCGGUGUGAAAGAAAAUGUAGGAAGAGCAAUUAUUCUUUGCAUAAGGACAGCCAAAGGCUUUUAUUGCACUCCAGUCUAAUAGAUAAUCUGAUGCAAGCCUGGGUACACCGCCAAAAAGAGAGUAUCCAGUGGUUCAGCCUCAAAUUUUAUGUCCUGUUCUUGCUACUUGGUCACCCUCGGAUCCAGGAAAGGACCUAUCAAGAAUUCACAAAGUGGACUUCAUAGCACCUUUGGGUGUGCUGCAAGUGGAGGUUAUCCCUUCUCUUCUCCCUUCAGUGUGCUGCAUAUGAGAGAAGAGUUUGACUGUAAAUAGUGUGCAUAAUUUUACUGUCUCCACUUAAACUCUAAUCUUUGGAUCUUGAAGAUAUUGAUUUGAAGCCUGGGGAUGUUGAUUCCUUUCUUACAGUUGUCUCCUUCACUGGCUCUGGGAAGGGAAAGCAGCACUGGCAGCACCUCCCUGUGCCAAAAGGAGUUGGAUUGGUUUCGGGGAUGGAAAUGGCUUCACUCAGCAGUUUUCCACAGUUGGGACUUGACCAAAAUUGAUUUCCAUGUAAUCUGUGUACUUGGUUACUGUGAUCACUUUUACACCUUGAACAUCAUUCAUGAGGCACUGUUGAUUAAAUCUGUGUCUAAAGUCUUGGAUUCCUUUUUCUACCGAAAAUAAAACAAGAAUGUAAAUAGUC